AUGGAAAGAUCGAGGGCUAUUUAUAUGUUUUUACAAGCUAGACAGGCGCUGGAAAAGGAGCUUAUGUUGUCUCCACAAGAAGUAGCAAGUAGUGAUGAAGAAAUGGGCAAUCAAGUUGAAGUACUUCCUACCAAGAAGGAAAGAAAGUACGGAAACCAAAAGUUCUUUAAAGUUCACAUUGAGUUCUUUAUCGACUGUUAUGACAGACGUUCAACUGCUACAUUGGAGCAAGCAAAAGCUGCUGUGAUGGAAGCCUUCCCUGGCUUGGAACUUGUAGUCAGUAUGAUGCACGAGCACCUUAUCAAAAAAUGCAACCUUACCUUGAAGAAGCUUGAGAAGCUGAUAGAGAAACACAACGAUAAUAGCACUAUGGUGGCGAGAAGGGAGCGUAUUUUGGAAAGGCAAGAGCUUAAAGAUUUUGAUUACAGCUCAAACUGCGUGUUCAUUGAUAAAGCAAGUUUCAAUAUGCAUAUUAAGAGAAGCCAUGCCCGAUCAGAAAGGGGUCAACCCGCCAAAGGUACAAUCCCCACACAAGGAGGUGUCUCCCUGGCAAUUAUUGGUGCAGUGUGUGAACAAGGUAUUGUAAACCUGACACUACGUAAACCAACUGCUAUUGCUACAAGAAAAAGAAGAAGAACGACCUUUGCAGGCAGUGUUAUAGAACAAGCUUUGGACAUAAUCAUAAGUAAUAUUAUAAUAGAUGAAUUACAUAAUACAGAAUAA